AUGAACGAUUUUUAUGAAAAUGAUUUACUUGAACUAUUUGACGCUGAUAUAAAAUCUGAUAAACCUGAUGACAGUCUAUUAAAGAAAAUAUAUACUAAACAAACAUUUACAUCUUUUGAAUCCAGAAAAACAUAUAAAUGUCAUUAUGGAGAUAAAUAUAUAUCCAAGAAAAGGGUAGAUCCUACAUUUAACCAUAACAAGGAAUCAGCUCAAAUAGAAUGUGGAUUCCUGAUAAAUACAUUAUAUUGUAAACUUUCAAAUUUAGUAUUUAUUAAUAAAUUUGUUAGUGAUCAUAAUUAUGCAUUACAAGAUAUGACUUUAUUUCAAGAGUUUUCACCAGUAAUACAAAAGAUUCCAGAUAAUAUUAUGGAGGAAAUUCAAUUUUAUGUUAAAGA